AUGAUUGCCUCUUCACUUCUCUCCUUGCUGCUAUACUUCACCUGCCUACCUUCAGUCUCAGCAUGGAUCUUCAGUUGGCACGAGCCAGAUGGCAAAUUGCUGACGGUUCAAAAUGAUAUCGGCCAGGACUGCAAGUUAAUGAAUAAUCCAGAAGGGAAUGUGUUUGAUUGGACCCCUCAAGAGGGAUACUGGUGCCUUUUCCUUUAUGGAAACACUCACUGCGAGGAGCCAUCCGAAGGCUAUACAUGCAAGACCUACCCCUGGUCAGACCACGUCUCGAGCGCGGAUCUUUUGGCAUUCAAGGUGAAGAAUAACACUUCUGCUUUUGAGUCCUCGACAUCCUCGAUAUCAGCCUCCGCAUCACCGACCAAUUCAGACUCCUCGACAUCAGCUUCCCCAUCAUCGACCGACACAGGCUCCUCCCCAACACCCACGAUAGCCACCACACCUACUGCGGACGCCGCCGACGCUGCCAGCUCUUCUUCGGCGACUAGUGCAUUAAGUAGCACAGAUAAUAUCUCCACUAUCUCAGGUGGUGCGAUUGCUGGAAUCGUCGUGGGAGUCCUAGCCGCAGUGGCAAUUGCUGGGCUCAUUUUCUUCCUGAUCCGACGACGACGCCAGAAUGCCGCACAGUCGAGUGCUGUCGGGAGAAGUCCAACUGUCGCGAUGGCGGAACUUCCUUCCCCCCACGAAGAAAAAUCGCAUGCUUUAAAUAAACCUAUAUAUCGGGCACAAGGAUUCCGCGAACUACACGGAUCCGACGUUGCAUCUGAGAUAGGGUCUGGGAUAGAGCGACAUGAACUCGACGCAACCCAAUUCCACGCAGAUAAGAAGUAUUGA